AUGGCAGAGGGAGGAAAGCGUAGGAGAUCGCGACCAUCGAAUUGGUGGGAGGUGCAGGAUAAUGAAGAUGGAAAUGAGAAUGGAAUUGAAAAUGGAAUUGGCCAGGUGGAUGGCAGGAGUCAGAUUCCGGCACAUUCACAAUCACAAUCACAAUCACAAUCACAAAAUCAAUGUCAAAGUCAAAGGUCAAAUACGAAUACAAAUAUAAUCGGUGUGGGAAAUACAAAGGAGGCGAGGCCUUGGAUACCAACCGGCACGGGUAUACCGAGUGAGAAGGAGAAGAAGAGGAGCGGAAGACCAUCUUUGGCUUCGGGUUCUACGACUGCGAAACAAAAUGGGGGAAAUGAUAAUAAUAUUGAGAGGGAAGCUGAAGCUGAGGUUUCGAAAGCAAAGACCGAGAUGAAGGGAAGAAGGAACAAUACACAUACCAGGAGAGGAAUAUUGAGUGGGAGCAGACAUAACGAUAUCAUUGAGAUGGAGACAGUGACGGCGGUUAGUUCUUUGGCACCUAAGAAGAGAGGUAGACCUGCUGUAGGAGUUGUCACCCAUGCAGGGCAAAACGCGGCAAACGAAGCGCCAGUGACGGCAAGACCAAAUGCCAAAGGUACAAGAAGAGCGAAGGCAGGUGAUACUAUUGAUAAAGAAAACGAGGUAUUGUCUUCUACAAACAAUCAAGAGAAAAGGACGAAGGACAAAACCCGGGACCGCAUUGAGCCGGAAAAAGGCGAGUCCUCGCGAUCAAAGAGGCACGAUCAGGCAGGGUCUAAAAGUUCGGCACUAGGUCGUACAAUGAAGAAGGCUGUACAAAACAUCGAAGAAGCAUCCGAGAAGCAUUCGAAGCCAAAGAAGCGUGUCAGAAUAUCAGAUGUACCACAGGUUGUCGAACCAGAUCCUGGACAAUCCAAAGUUAAGAAAUCCCAACCGUCGGAUAGCUCUGAGUCCACAAGAAAGCGGAAGGAUUCGAAUCCUGACGACCAGCAAUCACAACCACAAAACAAACGUCGCCGUAUGCAUGAUUUGGAAGAUGAUCGAACCCAGACGGAACAGUCAAACCCGCCUUCGUACCGACAUAUAGCAGCAGUUACUCGCCGUGUAUCUCAUGAGACUAUCAACACGAAAUGGGAGCCAUUACCAUCAGGAUGCUUGGAUAAAAUUUCGGAAUUAUUGAUUGAUGUGCAAAGACCAGUUGUCUUGCAGAUUCACGAUGAACGCAAGAAGACUCAAGCCAGUACAGCUAUACAAAUGAUAGGCCGUCGGCUUUUGAACAGGAUUCGCAAGGGUAUGUCAUUUCCUAAAGGUACAAGAACUAAUCGGGAGGAUGAUUUUGAUUUUGAGAAGAUACUGGACUACAAUCGAGUUUUGGAAGCUCAACUUACACCGGUUUUGCAUUCAAAUGAUCUUUUGGAAUCCGAAUUGAGGACAGAGGAGAUAUUACUCGAGAAUGAGGAGAAGUACCUUGCGGAAUUGGAGGCAAACGCAAAGGAUGAAGCAACGAGUAGAAGGCAAGCCGCUCGCAAGGCUCAUACAUUGCUUCAAUUCGAGGUUGACAGCACUCAAAAGGAAAUCAAUGACAAUAUUGGCAUUGAUGAGGACGCAGUCACCUCUUCGAUAACUCUCAAUACGUCAAAAUACCAGGAUCUUGAAGGUAUUGUCAAAAGCAUCAAUGGUCACGUGGACAGUAUCAAAGGCAAUUUACAACAGAUUGAAGGAAUUUCUGAAGCUAUGGCCAAGAGUAAAGCUUCUGUACAAGCUGCUCUCUUCGGUCAUCUCGAUCUCGAACAGUACAAUGAUGUGAUUCUGGGCUCUGAUGCCAUGGAACAAAAUGGACCCAACAAUGGGCAGGAUGCAAAGCCACCGGCAUCAUCUGCAGCUGCUGGCGCAAACAAGAGCCCAAAGAAGAGGCGUAAAGUUAAUCAUGUACGACCUUGCGCGAGGUGCACAAAGCGUGGAAUUGGGCAUCUUUGUCAUGAUGAGCCCCGCGAACCGGAGUCGACCACGAAGAAAGCAGCGGCGAAGAGUCAGCAGCAUCACCACAACAACAACGCUACAGCAGGAACAGCGGAAGAGUUGGGAGGGACACCGCCAGAUCUUAAGCUCCAAAAUCCCCUAGACGAUAGUCUAAAUAACUCGUUUGUUACCGCGGAACAACAGCAACAACAACAACAACUACAACAAGGUCAAGAUCAAGUUCAAGAAAACGAACUGAGUCUUGGAGCACCAGCAAUAUCCCGCGGUGUCCCUCUUCAGCUAGUCCAGCCUACACCGGUUUCUGGAAUACAAGCGAAUGCUUUGAAUAGUAGCAGCAACAAUCAAUUUCUUGGGUAUCCAAAUGACUGGCUUGGGUCGCAAAACCAAUUUUCAGAUAUGCAUAACUACCAUCCAUCGUACAUGUUCAACGCACCGGAAGUCACCAACGAGUACAAUCUUUUGAACGAUUUCCUCAAUAAUAGUCUUCUAGACGACGGAGCUCUAGGUACAGAAGACACUUCGAAUUUUUAUACUGAUCAAGCUGGUUCAAUGUUAUCAGGAGGCAAUUCCAACACGCUCACAUCAGGAGCGCAACAAGCUUCAGGCAGUGGUCCACCAGCAGGUUUAAAUCCAGCGGGAAGCUCGAUUUCGAGACCAGCGAGCGUCAUACCAAUUGAUAAAGCCCGCGAGUACUACCUUCAAGCGGCCGAUCCCACUGGUAACGAUGUCCCCGAAGUUAGAAUGCAACUAUUAUUGAGGGCAAAGUACGACGCCGGAAUGUUGAAGCCCUUCAAUUACGUGAAGGGGUAUGCGAGACUUUCGGCUUACAUGGAUGGUCAUAUGCAACCGGCUUCGAAGCAAAAAAUACUCCGGCAGCUGGAUCGUUUCAGACCGAAGUUCAGGGAGAAGGUGCAAGCUUUGACGGAUAUCGAACUCAUCUACGUGGAGAUGUGGUUUGAAAGGAGUUUGAUGGAAUAUGAUCGGGUUUUUGCGAGUAUGGCGAUUCCCGCUUGUUGUUGGAGAAGAACGGGAGAGAUUUUUAGGGGGAACAAGGAGAUGGCUGAGUUGAUACAUGUUCCUGUUGAGAAAUUACGGGAUGGUAAAAUAGCGCUCCACGAAAUCUUAACGGAAGAAUCCCUCGUUAAGUAUUGGGAGAAGUUUGGAGCGAUAGCUUUUGAAGUGGGUCAGAAAGCACUUUUGACGAGUUGUUCUUUGAAGAAUCCGGAUGAUAAGAAAGAGGGACGAAGAAAAAAGAAGAAAAGAGAAGACGAAAACGAAAAUUGUGAAGGGGGUACCAUGGCGGAAGAUACUACACGGGCUGGUGUUGCACGACAGCUACACGGUCAAGCUUUGAGGGGUGAAGGUGAGAGGUUGAAUGGAAUGAGACAUGCGGAUGCGCAUGGGAAUGGAGAUGGGGCAAAUGCUAUCAAUGUGAAGGAUAAGAGGUUGAGGGGUUUACUUGGUGAGUUUGAUGUUUUGGUUUUUUAUUUCUCCAGAUUUCAGGUGCGAGAGUAUCUUUGGAAACGGUGCAAGUUUCCUUCCUUUCUCUCUGCAUUCAGUUCUAAUGAACUUCUCUUCCGAUAUGCAGUAUUCACGCAUACACUCGAAAAUGAUCUCAAUUGUCUAGAUGCAAGUUUCAGCCGGGAUGUUUUCAACUUUGCUUUUACAACGAUUGAUGGAAAUGGAACGUUCAAAGAGCUCAAAAAUAAUAUCGCGACAUUUCCGACGAAACUAAGUGCGAGUGCCAGGAAUAAAGCACAGGAAUUGGAUGAAAAGGCGGCGAAUAUUUGGAAUCUUGGGUCGAGGUUAAAGAGGAGUCUUCCUGGGGAGAAUGAUGAGGAGGGAGGUGAUGAGGCCGCGAUAUAUUAUAAGGCUUGGGAGAAGAGGAAUGAGCUUAGGAGUGUGUUGGUCAUGGUUAGGAUGUUUGCUUUUCUGGUUCUGGAUUGUGCCAAUGAGUGUGGAAAUGCUGGGGGAUAUCUACACUUGGGUUCCGGUAAGGAUAAGGAUAAUGAGAAAGGGGAGAAGGCGAGGGGAAAUAUGUUGAGAUUGAUGAAGGUGGGAAUUAAGACUGUACGAGAUUGCUUCAACGAAGAGAAGAUCGACUACGCCGUCAAGGUAUUAGAGAAACUUGCGGGGUAUAGUGAAGGGCUUCUUCACACAUAUGAAACAUCUGGCACACCGGAAGAAAAAGCAACCUGUGCGAGAUUUACUGCUGAGUACUUCGUUCUUAGGACCAUAUUAGCAUGGAGACAAGAUGAUAUGCAACUCGCUGAACACAUGUUUAAUAAAACCGUUUCUUCUAAACAUUUCUUCGAUCAUGACACUACGGAAAGCCUCUCGGAUACCUUAUAUGAUAUGGGGAGGGCACUACUCAUGAAGAAACAGCAUACACUCGCAGUAAAAUGGCUAGAACGUGCCUACGAUGUCCUCAGUAGCGAUGAGUUGGACAAACUGAGCGCGGAUGCUACGGAGCUACGGAUAUCUAUCAUCGAAACGCUCAUCAAGGCACUUUUAGAAACGAAAACUGCAGAGUCAAUACAACGGGCACAAGACUUGGUCGAUCUUCUUGAGAGUGAACUUGGAGAUAAAUUGAUUGUUCUUCUAUUGAAAUUGGAACUUCUGACAGAGAUUUCAAACGAAACUUUCGAUGGUUCGGCAUACAGCGCUAUUUUGAACAAGAUGACCAGGACAUUGGUCAUGAAUCCAAGGAACUUACGAUUAUUUAUGUUCCAUGUUAGGAAACUCCAUGACAAAGCACCAAGUUUGGCAUGCGGGGUACUGGAUGAGAUGAUCAGAUUACGUGUCAAGGAAUUAGCAGUUAUGAAAGAGUGGCUCGAGAAGGCUAUUCUCACAAGGAUCUGGAUGACUGUUAGUGGCAGAGAUACUGAAGAGUUGUUUAUUGCCGUUGAAGGAUUUCUUACAGUGAUUGCGGAGAAUGUUGAAAAUUCUAUCAGUGUAGAGCCGACCAUGGCUGCUCAUACGUUAAUUUGGAAAAAGAUAGAGGCAACUUAUGGUCUGCAACAGUAUGAAGCGGCUGAGAAAUGGUGUCGUCUCGCUAUGCAUAAGUUGUUUGAGAAGCCUGGAGAGGCAAAUAUGGCUAAGAUAUCACGAAAACUUCUUCUAUGUGCCCUCGGUCGAGGAGACAUCAAUUCUGCCCACGAAGUUUUCGGGUCAAUGUCUGAUAUGGCAAAAGAAGAGCCGCUGACACGAUUUCUCAUGUACAAAAUCGCAAUUAGGAGCCAAGAAGUUGAAUUAGCUGCAGAAUGUCUCGAAAAGAUCGCCUCAUGCUCCGAAGAUUCAACGUUACUAUUCGCGUGUGUUCUUGAUGCUAAGAAAGCUGGCAAUAAGAAUAAUGUCUUGGAGGCUCUUUGGUUGGUCCUAGACAAGUAUGAGUAUGGUACACAGGAGAAUUUGCAUCUUCCAUCGAUUAUUAGGACGAUCAUAAUUCUGCUUAUAAGUGUCAUUGAGAGCGAAGAAUCUCCGGCUACUGAUCACAAAGAGGGCAUAGGGAGGUUGUGUAAACUUUUCGAAGGAGCAUUAAAUGCUGCACAAAAAUCUCCCAAUCGCGAAAUUUGGACCAUCCUCGAACUAGAAUGGUUUUCCCGAAACUCCUACAAUCUAUCUCUCAAGAAUCUCUCGAUUUGGGAGCCUCAACAAACUCUCCGAAUGCUCGCCUGCUGCAUCGGUUUCAUCGAUCAUUAUCCUCAAGAUAUUGGCGAAGAUGCACACGACGACGUCACGCUCCGGAAAAUGUUCUGCAACUUCUGUGCUGCGACAAUAUUCGUUUCGAUUGCAAGAGCCGAACAGAAUACAGAAGAGCAAUUGCAAUUUUAUCUUAAUUUGAGAAAACAUGUCACUAGUUUCAAUCAUUUGUUACAAGAGAAACUGGAGAAGCUAGAAAAGGAUAUUACCGAUGAUCUAUUGCAGAAAUUGUCGGUUCUUCUGGCAUUUGAUUUUGAGGCUGCUUGUAGACUCAAGGACUGGGAUAGUCUAGGGGAGAUUAUUUUGAAGGCGGGUGUGUGCAAGAGUAUGAAGGUUUAUGAGUUGAUGGCAGAUUGUAUUUUGAGCUGUGAGACUCCUAUGCAAGUCCUAGUCAUGACCCUGAAGAAAAUCGUCAAUCGAACUUGGGAAAUGGAAGAGUUUGAUAUGAUCAAAUUGUCUAAAUAUAUGCGUUGUUUAUUUCAGGCAGCGUUGGGAAAUGAUGAUAUGAUUGCUGAAGAACUGGUUGAUCAAGUCUGUAUACUUGCUGCUGAUGCUGCUGAGACCGAAAUCCCCUACCCAACACAAGAACUCGACUGGCUAGCAACGAAAUCUUUCAAUCACUCAAUAGAUCUCUACAGUGCAGAUCAAGAUGUAGCGUGUAAGCGAUGGGCGGAAAAAUCAAUCGGUAUUGCGGGGUAUUGUAAGGAUGGAGGAAGCCUGGGGAGGCUUUUGAGGGAGAGGUUUGGGGGUUGA